CCCUGAGAGGCAGCAGUACCCAUAAUUCAUUCUGUGCGUUAAGGUGGCGUUGCCGUGAGCGCGCAUUGUCCUCCGUGCGGGGCUGGGUGAGAAAGACCCAGCAGGCUGAGCUUUUAAAACACCGCAGGAGACUAUAAAGCUGCUCCAUGCCCGCUGCAGGAUCGGACCUCAGACAGGCGGAGGAGAAGGGAGGACAACAGUGUUCAAGGUUCAGCCGCGGAAAUCUGAGCUCUGCUCAAGACGCAAACGCCGCCAGAGUUCGACCCAGUCGUCUUGUCUCAGGGGAGUUGAAUCCGACUGCUUUACGGAUGAAUUAGUGUGAGACAGUUUUCUACUAAUUUCCACUCAGUGAUUAUGCUGCCUGUCUUCCGUUGCCGCCCUGCUUCAGUUUGACACAUCUGAGCUGGACCUGCCGGCCGGACUGAUCCCUAACUGGACCAAGAGUUGGACUCGUUAUCGAAAACUGUCCCGGUCCGUAGUUUAAAUCCCCACAAAAAAAAAAAAAUGGGAUCUCACCAGCUAGACGCGCUGUUCAGGAAAAGUUUGCUGUGCACGGUGCUGAUCCUCUGGAUGUCCAUGUUUGCUAACGGGACCUGGAAGACUGGACUUUACAAAGGAUAUUCAACCGGGUCGCAGAAAGCAGCCACUCACACCUCAGUCUACCAGAAAAAGAACUGGUGUCCUCAUACAGUAACCAAGACAGUGACCUGCCAGGUGCAGAACGGGACGAUCCUCCAGCGGGUCUACCAGACCUGCCGCUGGCCGCAGGGAUGCUCAGGAGGCAGCUAUAAGACAGUAGUGAGACCAUCUUACAAAGUGGUGUACCGCACUGUGACCUCACUCGAGUGGAAAUGCUGUCCAGGAUUCAGCGGCACUGCUUGUGGAGAAGAUCCAGGGAACCUGGCUGUAGCUCAAGAGGCAGUCAGGAGAGCCUCCGCACUACGCCGUCCCCCAGCACGAACAGGGGACGCACUCGCAAGUUGUCUGAACUGCAGUCGAAUCACAGCUUUGAGUGAAAAGCUCAACUCAUUGGAGGCAAAGGUGCAGCUGCUCACAGCGCCGGGCAGCACGUCACAUCGCCACCUACAAAGUAAAGGAGAAACGUCUCCAGAGACCUCGCUGCUGAUGGGGGCCGUGUCGGCUCAGGGAGCUCCUGGUGAGCAGGGCCCUGCAGGUCCUCAGGGUGAAAAGGGCAGAGAUGGACUUCCUGGCAGAGACGGAAAGCCUGGAUCUCAAGGGCUGCCAGGUCCCAGUGGGCCUCCGGGAGAUGUGGGGGCGAAGGGCCCGUCUGGAGCUCCUGGAUCGAAGGGACUUCCAGGACCAGCAGGACCCCGCGGCCCACCUGGACACCCGGGAGAGAGAGGUCUACCAGGGCUGCCCGGGCCACCUGGGCCUCCAGGCCCACCAUCACCAGAAGGUGCCCGCAUCCCAGAACCCGACCACAAUAGCGGAAAAGAUCCAUUCUUCACCAACACUUUCCACGACUCCAGAGGUUUGCCUGUUCCCGGACCUCAGGGUCCUCCCGGGCCUGUUGGUCCCCCAGGAUCCAGAGGCCCAGUAGGACCUCCUGGCCCAUCAGGACAGAACGGGACACCUGGAACACCUGGGGCACCAGGGCCAGUGGGACCAAAAGGAGAUCGUGGGGAAAGAGGUCCUCUUGGUUAUCCAGGAGAAAGAGGCUUCAGAGGUGACCCAGGAGCACCAGGUCCCAAAGGAGAGCCAGGGGAGAAAGGCUUGCCGAACAAUCCAAAUGUAAGAUACUUUUAUUUAGCCAUCACAUCUUUGAACUGCAGUGAAUCUUUUCCAAAGAAUAACCAUGACCCAACAUCCGAGGUUAUGGUUAUGAUCUUUUUCCAAUCAUUGUGACUCUCCACGAAUUGGUUUGUUCAGUUGCACCUCUUUCUAUCAAUCCCAUACAUUCCUACCUAUCAAUAGAUCAGUUAAUAUCUGUUCCGUAUUGUUUUUUUAAACUAGAAUGUUGCCAUCUAUGUGUUUGAUCUGUCUGAUUUGUUUGUGUAAGUGUGUUUUUGUUGGUCCUUGGGGUGUGCUCUGGACUGCUGUCCCCUCUCCUCUUGACCCUAAAGCUGUCUGACUCCCACUGCGAGCUACUGUCCCCAUGACUAUCAUUCACAGUCACCUUUUCAGCUUCUUACUUUGGCAUAUGCAUAUAAACACCUAUACCAGCACAUGAACAGCAACUCUUAACUGGUGCAAAAAUUUUCAUUUUGCUUUGUUCCAAAUGUGCAAUAUUAACUCUCACCAAUUUGCUUGGUUUUCUAUACAGGAAUCUCAAUGAAAUAGAUGAGAUGUAUAUGCCAAAUGUCUCCAUUGUGUGUCAGUAGUUGGGUUUUAAGGUGUUGUGCUCCGAUAUGGGUGGAGUGGAUACAGCUAUCCCUUUUCUUCCACUGUAUUACCUUGCAUGAAAAGCACAAUGCUGCAUAAACUCUUUCUUCUAGCUUUUACAAUAAACUAGUUAAUAUAUUUAGUAUGUAAACUAAUACUGUGCAAUUAAAAAGGAAAAUGGCAAAGUUGCUAUUUUAUUUGGAGAACUUGGUGUUGAUAACAAAAAAUUAGCAGAAAAUGGUCACUCUCUAAUUUGCUAGUAUCAGUGAUGUUAGCUUUAAAACAAUUAUUUUUAAGCUAUGUUUUUUUGGCUUGUUUAAUUGGAUUUAGUUGUUCCUUGGAGCCCAACUUUAACAGAUUAGAUGUAGGUUUACAGAUAAUACAGUUAUUUCAAUUUGAUUGUUUCUUUUUCUUUUUUUUUUAAGAAAAGGAAGUAGUAGUGAAAAGGAAGGAAGUAGUGCCCCUGUGAACAGUGUUUCCUUUAGGUAUUACCACAGAUUGGCAUAUACUUGAACUGAGAAGCAAGGAGCUCAUUAAUCAGAGAAGCAGUCAAGAGAGUCAUAAUAACUAGACGAGCUAGAUUCACAGUUUAGGUGGGUAUUGUCUUCAAUCUGACAGGGAGGCUGGUCAGAGGCAGUGGGGAAAAUGAAUAAGUCCUCAUACAGGUCAGUUCUACAAGAAUACUUGCAAAAAUCAGCAAAAAGCUUGAGAGAGGGGAAUGGAAGGUGAGACACAUUCCAACAACUACCCUAAACAUACUGCCAGUGCUACUUGGGAAUAUUUUAGAUCAAAACAUAGUCAAGUGUUAGACAUUCCAGAUCUACAUAUCUAAUAGAGAAUUUGUGGCAAUACUUAAAGUAGGUAUUUAUAGACAGUUACCAUCUAAUUUUGAGCUACUUUGCAAAGAAGAAAGAGUAGUCCCAAGAUGUGCAGUGACAUAUCCUGAAAGGAUUGCAGCUGUCAUGCAGUAAAAGAUGGUUCUGCAAAGUAUUCACUCAUGACUUUUACAAUAGUCUAGACAGAGUCCAGGUCCUUGAAAGGAAAACACUAUGAGAUUAGGAGCCGUUUAAAAGUUUUACACAGGAUGCUUAGCUUUUUAUGCCAUUAAUAACAUAAGAAACAAAUGUAGUAUUUUUUAGAUCGACAUUUCUUUGGCAGUAUUAAAAGAAUAGAAUAAAAGAUGUCCUCUAUCUAUCUAGUGCCUGCAGGAGAUGUCAGAAAUUUACAAAAGUCACUCAAUCUCUUCCCCUGGGAUCUGGAAAUGUUGACGUAUGUCUGCACACAGUCUACAUUGUGCAGACAUUUCAAUUACUGUUCAAGAACUUGACUAACAUACCCUUCCAGAUCAAUAUUCUAAAGCAGCUUUACCGUUUUCCAUUGCACACAAGUCUUGGUAUGUCUUUCACUAGCAUGUUUUUCUAAGGGAACCAUUCACAACCUUCAGCCAUGUUUCCUUGCAUGUCUCUUUGAGGAUCAUGAUGCAUAAAGCUGUCUCUGUCUGUCUUACAUCUCUUGUUUCAGUACUUUUGUUACUUUUGAAGGUAAAGAUCCCCUGAGGUCGCUGCCUUAUCCCUUAACAAAAGACAAAACAGAUGUAAAAGUAAACCUCCUCUGACGGACCACUGUCAGACGACUGACAGUGGGUAACUUCUGUGUCUCUGCUGCAUUGAGACUGAAUACUGUGGAGCUAAAAAUAAGCAAAAUGAAUGCAGAUGGCAUGGUCAUCUCUUCCCUGACAGUGUGACUCAGCUGUGUUAUGCUGCCACGUGAUACUGGUCUGUCAUGUGCAUGCUGAUGUUUGCCUGCCCAGCAUGGCAGAGAAUUAUAAUACUUAGCAGCAUGUUUAUAAAGGAAACAUAGAGAGAAAUAUAAUGAAUGGAUAGUCAUGCUGGGCAGAUAUGUGGACUGUUUUAACCUUCUAACAGCUAAACUGUAUUGGAAACCUGACUUGCAUCUUGGCGAGCAGUCCUCUAGCUCCUGCUUUUUACCUUGACGGCUG